UUUAUGGCGCCCUCGAGUGUCCGGGCGACGCAGCGCUUUUUGGACUCUCGGCCAGUGCUAACUCCCAUCAAGUGCGUGAAGAUGGCGGAGGGCGAAUUGAACGUGGAUAGCCUUAUCUCUCGCCUUCUGGAAGUAAGGGGAUGUCGCCCAGGCAAGAUCGUGCAGAUGACCGAAGCGGAGGUGCGGGGCCUGUGCAUCAAAUCCCGCGAGAUCUUCCUCAGCCAGCCCAUCCUCCUGGAACUCGAAGCGCCGCUGAAGAUCUGCGGGGACAUCCACGGACAGUACACGGAUCUGCUGCGUCUCUUUGAGUACGGUGGCUUCCCCCCGGAGGCCAACUACCUGUUCCUCGGCGACUACGUGGACCGAGGCAAGCAGUCAUUGGAGACCAUCUGCCUGCUGCUUGCCUACAAGAUCAAGUACCCGGAGAACUUCUUCCUGCUCAGGGGCAACCACGAGUGCGCCUCCAUUAACCGCAUCUACGGCUUCUAUGACGAGUGUAAGCGAAGGUUUAACAUUAAGCUUUGGAAGACCUUCACAGACUGCUUUAACUGCCUGCCAAUUGCUGCCAUCAUCGACGAGAAGAUUUUUUGCUGCCAUGGAGGACUUUCACCAGACUUGCAGUCAAUGGAGCAGAUUCGUAGGAUUAUGAGGCCGACUGAUGUGCCUGAUACAGGCCUGCUCUGCGACCUGCUAUGGUCCGACCCGGACAAGGACGUGCAAGGCUGGGGCGAGAACGACCGCGGGGUCUCAUUCACCUUCGGCGCCGACGUGGUCAGCAAAUUCCUUAACCGUCAUGACCUGGAUCUUAUCUGUAGAGCCCAUCAAGUUGUGGAGGAUGGGUAUGAGUUCUUUGCCAAACGCCAGCUGGUCACGCUGUUUUCAGCGCCAAACUACUGUGGGGAGUUCGACAACGCCGGCGGUAUGAUGAGCGUGGAUGAGUCGCUCAUGUGCUCCUUCCAGAUCUUAAAGCCCUCAGAGAAAAAGGCUAAAUAUCAGUAUGGAGGGGUCAAUUCUGGUCGGCCUGUCACUCCUUCCCGAACCACUCAGGCCCCAAAGAAGAGGUGAACGUCCAGCCUUGUCACCCCCCUGCGCACCCCCGCCCCGACGCGCACACACACAGUAAUACCGCAAACGCUCCCCUUCCGCAAAGAUGCAGUGGAACCUCCAGAGGUGAUGUUUAUAUUUCCUAAUUGUCCCUUAAGAAAUAUAAAGUUAAUUUAUUAAUUCAUCUCUGAAAAUGAGCUACUUAUCCUUUUGCAGAAGUGUUAUUAAGUGUAUUUAUGUGAGCCUGGUACCAUUGGUCAGUUUAACGCUCAUGUUGGACAGGAGUAAGUUUCAUUUCUUGUUCUCUGGUAUCAUCACAAUAAAAAAAUCUGAAAUAUAUUAUCACAGAUGCCCACUAAGCGAAUGUCUCGCGUGGUACCCUUUCGGAGGUUCCACUCUAUUAAACUUUCAAUUCUCUCCACUGAUAUCACCCCUUCCUCUCCAUUGACAGCUCUUUUCUCAAUGUGUACACGUGCAUAAAUUUGCUGUGACCAAUCUGUUUAUAUUGACACUUAUAUCGUUUGCCUGUUUGUUAAUAUUUUGAUAGUAUUAACACGCAUCGUUGUGGGGCGGAGGGAAUGCUUGUUUUAUUUUCUUUCAAAGACAUUAAAAGUCAAAAUGGUGUCGUUUUGCUGAAUGAGCGUCUACUAUUUAGCCGUUAUUUCUGCUGAAUGGUGUAAACGCGCAACGUUCAUGAUUAUUAAAGUUCGUGCAUUUAAACCGCUAACAACACCCGACGUCUCCCUCGUUGAGUUGCAAAGAAUGUGAAUUGACCGGUGUUUAUGAAAGGUUGAACUACCCGCUCUUCAGACAUGGAUUCCUUUGUGCCUCCACUUUUAAAGAUUCCACAGACAAAGAGGAACCUCCCUCAGUUAUAUCUUAGUUAGAGUGGUUUCAAAUCCCCAACACCAGUCACAGAAAAUCCAAAUUGAAAUUGUCGGUUCACAAAAAAUUGGUCAAUAGUGGCGAAGUUCCUCUGUAUGUAUUGUUGUUUGUCAUAUCAGGAUCAUUUCCCUACUCAUAUCCUUUUUUAAAUAGUGAAACAUGGCAUCAAAUCCAUUGAUUUUUUUUUUUUUUUUUUCACAUAUGGUCAGUAUUUUGACUUCAUUAUUUUGAAUAGAGAUGUGUGGCAUGUCUAUGAUAAGUGCUUAAGCCAGCUUGUGGAUUCCUGUCAAUGUUUAAAAAGAAUACUAAAUGGUAACGUGAAUCAUGUGAUGACACAAAUGGCAUCUUUUGGGAGCUUUGAAGCCAAGCAUCGCCCAUCCAUCCCACUCCUAUUCCUCAUCCUCCUCGUCCCAUCUUUUUGGAGGAAGAUGACGGACAGAGUGGGAGUGGGCGUCAGCUGGCACCUGACCUGGCAUUGCUAUUGUGAUCGUGACGCCACCUGGUGUUUAGAUGCAGUGUACUACAGUAUAUCUUUGCUCUCUGGGGCAUUCUUCUAUCUAUGGUUGUUUUUCUUUUUUUGUUUUCCUCUAGUCACACACUUUUUAAAUCAUUUCCUUUUAAUGAUGACGACAUUGAAAUGAGUGAGGUAUUAAACCAGUUUUGAAAUUUGUACGAAUUUGAAAGUCAAUAAAUGGAUGGAAACAAAAGUUAUGUG